AUUAAGAAUUUAACGUCUUUCUGGGUGAUAGGAAAAUGAAAAAAAGAAUGUAAAGUCUGAAUUACUGUGAGACGAUAAUCUGGUUCCACUGCAGCCAAAGUGGGCCCUUAAAACAUAGAAUCCAUCCCUCCCGGCUCUGCCGGCCGUCUCUGCCUGCACCCACCACGUGCCCCACGUUCUGCACACCUGUAAAUCGGGAUGUAAUCCCUUGUUCAGAGUCGGUCCGCCCCACUGUCGGCCGGCGCUCGGGGUAGGGGCGGGAUUUGCAGUUGCGGGAAUCCCAGUUACUGUGUUCGCUGCUCAGGGCUCCUCACUUCGCCUUUAGAGUAAAGGGGAGCUAGGGGAACCGUGGACGGGGUGUGUCUCCAGACAUUCCCCUCAUUACCGUGGCCUGGGAAGCCGACUCAGCAGUCGCCGCCGCAGCUGCGGUGGCUACCGGACGGGCCAUAGGCGUGCGCACGCGCACCCGCACCGGCGCGCCGGCCGUCGGUCACGUGGCCCCCGGCCAGGGCUUGCGAAGCCGGAAGUGUCCUGGGGCUCGAGGCCGCGGGAGCCCGCUGGCGGUGGCGCGGCGGAGACCAGACUGGUAUAACAAGAGGAUUGCCUGAUCCAGCCAAGAUGCAGAGCACUUCUAAUCAUCUGUGGCUUUUAUCUGAUAUUUUAGGCCAAGGAGCUACUGCAAAUGUCUUUCGUGGAAGACAUAAGAAAACUGGUGAUUUAUUUGCUAUCAAAGUAUUUAAUAACAUAAGCUUCCUGCGUCCAGUGGAUGUUCAAAUGAGAGAAUUUGAAGUGUUGAAAAAACUCAAUCACAAAAAUAUCGUCAAAUUAUUUGCUAUUGAAGAAGAGACAACAACAAGACAUAAAGUACUUAUUAUGGAAUUUUGCCCAUGUGGGAGUUUAUACACUGUUUUAGAAGAGCCUUCUAAUGCCUAUGGACUACCAGAAUCUGAAUUCUUAAUUGUUUUACGAGAUGUGGUGGGUGGAAUGAAUCAUCUUCGAGAGAAUGGCAUAGUGCACCGUGAUAUCAAGCCAGGAAAUAUCAUGCGUGUUAUAGGGGAAGAUGGACAGUCUGUGUACAAACUCACAGAUUUUGGUGCAGCUAGAGAAUUAGAAGAUGAUGAGCAAUUUGUUUCUCUGUAUGGCACAGAAGAAUAUUUGCACCCUGAUAUGUAUGAGAGAGCAGUGCUAAGAAAAGAUCAUCAGAAGAAAUACGGAGCAACAGUUGAUCUUUGGAGCAUUGGGGUAACAUUUUACCAUGCAGCUACUGGAUCACUGCCAUUUAGACCUUUUGAAGGGCCUCGUAGGAAUAAAGAAGUGAUGUAUAAAAUAAUUACAGGAAAGCCUUCUGGUGCAAUAUCUGGAGUACAGAAGGCAGAAAAUGGACCAAUUGACUGGAGUGGAGACAUGCCUGUUUCUUGCAGUCUUUCUCGGGGUCUUCAGGUUCUACUUACCCCUGUUCUUGCAAACAUCCUUGAAGCAGAUCAAGAAAAGUGUUGGGGUUUUGACCAGUUUUUUGCAGAAACUAGUGAUAUACUUCACCGAAUGAUAAUUCAUGUUUUUUCACUACAACAAAUGACAGCUCAUAAGAUUUAUGUUCAUAGCUAUAAUACUGCUACUAUAUUUCAUGAACUGGUAUAUAAACAAACCAAAAUUCUUUCUUCAAAUCAAGAACUUAUCUAUGAAGGGCGACGCUUAGUCUUAGAACCUGGAAGACUGGCACAGCAUUUCCCUAAAACUACUGAGGAAAACCCCAUAUUUGUAGUAAGCCGGGAACCUCUGAAUACCAUAGGAUUAAUAUAUGAAAAAAUUUCCCUCCCUAAAGUACAUCCACGUUAUGAUUUAGAUGGAGAUGCUAGUAUGGCUAAGGCAAUAACAGGGGUUGUGUGUUAUGCCUGCAGAAUUGCCAGUACCUUACUGCUUUAUCAGGAAUUAAUGCGAAAGGGGAUACGAUGGCUGAUUGAAUUAAUUAAAGAUGAUUACAAUGAAACUGUUCACAAAAAGACAGAAGUUGUGAUCACAUUGGAUUUCUGUAUCAGAAACAUUGAAAAAACUGUGAAAGUAUAUGAAAAGUUAAUGAAGAUCAACCUAGAAGCGGCAGAGUUAGGUGAAAUUUCAGACAUACACACCAAAUUGUUGAGACUUUCCAGUUCUCAGGGAACAAUAGAAACCAGUCUUCAGGAUAUUGACAGCAGAUUAUCUCCAGGUGGAUCGCUGGCAGAUGCAUGGGCACAUCAAGAAGGCACUCAUCCAAAAGAUAGAAAUGUAGAAAAACUACAAGUCCUGUUAAAUUGCAUGACAGAGAUUUACUAUCAGUUCAAAAAAGACAAAGCAGAACGUAGACUAGCUUAUAAUGAAGAACAAAUCCACAAAUUUGAUAAGCAAAAACUGUAUUACCAUGCAACCAAAGCUAUGACGCACUUUACAGAUGAAUGUGUUAAAAAGUACGAGGCAUUUUUGAGUAAGUCCGAAGAAUGGUUGAGAAAGAUGCUUCAUCUUAGGAAACAGUUAUUAUCUCUGACUAAUCAGUGUUUUGAUAUUGAAGAAGAAGUAUCAAAAUAUCAAGACUAUACUAAUGAGUUACAAGAAACUCUGCCUCAGAAAAUGUUUGCCGCUUCCAGUGGAAUCAAACAUACCAUGACCCCAAUUUAUCCAAGUUCUAACACAUUAGUAGAAAUGACUCUUGGUAUGAAGAAAUUAAAGGAAGAGAUGGAAGGGGUGGUUAAAGAACUUGCUGAAAAUAACCACAUUUUAGAAAGGUUUGGCUCUUUAACCAUGGAUGGUGGCCUUCGCAACGUUGACUGUCUUUAGCUUUCUAAUAGAAGUUUGAGAAAAGUUUCUGUUUGCACAAGAAAAUAACGCUUGGGCAUUAAAUGAAUGCCUUUAUAGAUAGUCACUUGUUUCUACAAUUCAGUAUUUGAUGUGGUCAUGUAAAUAUGUACAAUAUUGUAAAUACAUAAAAAAUAUAUAAAUUUUUGGCUGCUGUGAAGAUGUAAUUUUAUCUUUUAACAUUUAUAAUUAUAUGAGGAAAUUUGACCUCAGUGAGCACGAGAAGAAAGCCAUGACCGACCAAUGUGUUGACAUACUGAUCCUCUACUCUGAGUGGGGCUAAAUAAGGCAUUUUCUCUGACUGCCUACUGGAAAUAUUUUUAAGUGGAACCAAAAUAGGCAUCCUUACAAAUCAGGAAGACUGAGUUGACACGUUUGUAAAUGGUAGCACAGUGGCUACUGUGAGUGGGGAACAGAACCGCACCACUGUUAUACUGGGAUAACCAUUUUUUUGAGAAGGAUAAAGUGGCAUUAUUUUAUUUUACAAGGUGCCCAGAUCCCAGUUAUCCUUGUAUCCAUGUAAUUUCAGAUGAAUUAUUAAGCAGACAUUUUAAAGUGAAUUCAUUAUUAAAAACUACUCGUUUUUUUUCCUUUGGCCAUAAAUGUAUAAUUGUCAUUAAAAUUCUAAGGUCAUUUCAACUGUUUUAAGCUGUAUAUUUCUUUAAUUCUGCUUACUAUUUCAUGGAAAAAAAAUAAAUUUCUCAAUUUUACUGUAAA